CAGGUUCCUCUCUUCCCCCCAACCCGUCCCUCCUCGUGGGCGGGGCCGGUCCCGGUCUUCUCUGCAGUGUACCCCCCCCCUCCAUCUGCAGUCUGCAGUCCCAUCACUGCUGCGUCCUGCGGAGAGCGCGCGCGCACCACCGUCGGAGAUGGCUUUCACCUCCCUUCUUGUCGUUUGGAUCCUGGCGGUUUCAGCUCAAGGUAGCGUUGGACCGAGCACCAGCACCAGCUUCUGCACCGAGUCCAAAGAGUGUUUGGAAUAUGAGCUGAUCUGCAAAACGGACGAGUAUGAAGUUCGACACUACAGCCCCACCCGCUGGAUUUCAACAGACGCCGAGGCUUAUUUCAUGGGGGUGGGUGCAGCCAUGGCUUUCCGGAGGCUCUUCCAGUACAUCACCGGCGCCAACGAAGGAGGCGUUCAGAUGGAGAUGACGGCCCCCGUCCUGGUGAAGAUCCCAGAGGACAGCAAGAUGUGGGGGCCGGCUAUCUACACGCUCAACUUCCUGCUGCCCGCCGCCUAUCAGGAAGUCCCACCGGCCCCCACCAACGACAAGCUGUAUUUCACGGAGAUGCCGCACAUGAACGUGUAUGUGAGGAGCUACGGAGGGUGGAUGCUGUCCAUCGACUCCCGGAGUCAUACUUACCUGCUGACUGCAGAGCUGGAACGAGUGAGAGCUGCAUACAACCAUAGCUACCACUAUGGCGUUGGCUACGACAGCCCCUUGAAGCUGCUGAACAGACACAAUGAGGUUUGGUACGUGGCCGAGGGCCAGCCUGUCUGCUCUGACCCACAGGAGCCCACUCCUGCACACACGACCCGGCCCACUCCGACCCAACCGCCCUCAGCCUCCCCGUCUGACUUCCUCCGACGCAUGCUCUCCGACUCCGCCGUGAUGGUGUCCUCCAACGUGUCCUCCAACGCAACGUUUAACGCCUCCUCGCUGCUGCCUUCUGACCCCUCCCCUCUCCUGCCAUCCAAAGCACCAACCGAUCGUCCCUCGGACCAACCCCUUAACUCCACCCAUCCGGCCCCCUCUGCUCAGAUGCCCCUCGAGACCUCCACCAACUCCUCAGAUCCUGUGUCUGAGAGUCCGCUGCCAGAGCUGCAGCCUGACGCCGAGCUGUGGAACAGCACAGCAGGCAGCGCGAUGGACUCCGAAGCCGAGCCGAGCGCUGUGUCUGAGUCCGCCAAUGCGGUUUAGCAUUUCCUGUUAGCAGAAUCAAACGCCUGUUCUCUGUGCGUCUCCGUCCUCCUUGUAGCACCUCCUGCUCCACGCUACACCACAGCUUUAGCGCCAGAAUCAUGUAUCACCAAGUACGCUUUUCCACUUCUUCUCCAGCAUUAUCCCACAUUUAUAUCCUAAAAUGAGGUCACCUGUAAGCAUUCAUUUAUGUGUGGAAGCAAGCUAAAGUAGAAUGGACUUUCAUGACCACUUUUUGUUCUACAUUACUGUACUUUUAGCAGCACAUAGGUGUGUGUCAGCACACACGUCCAGCGUGAUCUCUGCUGCCGCAUUAACCCUACAAAUUAGUAAACUUUGGAAACAAAUAGUUUAUAAACUUCAUAGUUGGCAAGUAUGCACUUCAAAUAUCUGCUGAUGUGUAGGUUUUGUGAAAUGUGUGUGGAAUUUAGGCCAGCUUCAUGACUCUAAUAACUCCUAUGAGACAAAAUAAUAAUAAUAAUAUUUGAUUUUUAUUCAUAAAAGAAGGAAAAACUUACAUCUUGUUCCUAAAAUGUUAUUUCACGAGAGAUGAAAGCAGCUUUUGUCCAGGUACAUCCUCCUCUCACACCACUCCAUGAUCACCUCCUCCACGGUUCAAAAUCAUGCAGUCAUGACCUUUUUCACCCAGCUUCUCCAUGUGUUCUCCUGAGGUGUUGAAUGCUAGAAAAGCAGCAGAAAACCAGCAUCUUGAAGGUUUUGCUUCAUCAAAACUAUAAGCUGUGAUUCUAUGUGCACAGAAAAUGUUAAAAGGUGAGAAUGUUCUUCCUCACACAGCAAAAGAAAAACACCACAAGUUGAGAAAAAGAUGUAAAUGUAAAAGAUUUUUUUUAGGCUUUAAGAACUUCAAUGAUUAGAUCUUUUUCCAAAAACUGUUUAGCCACAAAACCUUUUAUCUCAAACCGCCGUAUUUAUCUGGGAUUCAUGGUUUGAAGCUUGCUCUGGCAUCACUCUGAAAACUUGACAGACUUUGUGGGAUGUAUUUACUGUAUGUAGUCUAGCUGUUGUGGGACGACACCAAAGAUCUGAGUCUGGUGCACUCCGCUUCCAGAGGAAAAAGGUUCUGAGGAAGACGCAAUAAAAGCUGAACUUGUUCAAUUCA